AUGAAUGACAAGGAGCACAGGAGUGAGGAAGUCAGGAGUCAGGGAUGCAGGUGCCAUGGCCAGGAGGUGAUCUCCCUGAUUUCCAGCCCAAUCGUUCAUGGGCUGCUUAGUGUCCUAGAACUGGAGGAAGGACUGUCUGUGAGUCGUUUUCUUGUCAUCAAUGUUACUUGCAUUUUUUCCUUCACAGAUGCUCAUUCUCUCUGCCAUCGCUUCACUGUCAUCCCCAGAGCCCGAUCUGGCCAACAAGUGUGUGAUGUCCAGGGUUAUAUAGAUGGCAAAAUCUUUCUAACUGGUACCUGUCACAAGGCCAACUGUUUUAUUCUCCUUGGGAAUGAAACACUUAUCCCUGACAAUGAAGAAAAAGCUGAGAUGAACCCAGCAGAUGACACAAGCAGGGUGAGGACACAUGCCCUCAGCUUGCAGGCAAGCAUGUGCUGUGUUCGUGAAGCCACUGGGCGCACACAUGGGUCCUGGCUAUUCAACAUCACCUUCUAG